AAUUUCUACAGUAGUACUAUAUAUCACUCGAAUUCAAUAUCUAUAUAAAAAUAACAACCUAAAAAUAGCUUAAAUUCACACUUCUGUGACAAAAAUAAUGGGAUUCCUCUGGCACAAAGUGUAGAUGUCAAUGGUUUUUGUGUUUCUUUUUUAGAAUGACGUUAUCACUGUCGGUUAUAUUUUGAGUCUUCAGUCAAGUGUGUUUCCUAAAGCAGACAGUCCUGCUACCAACGUCUGUUUUAUGGGUCAUUUUUGGUAUGCGGUAUCUUUAAACUCUGUGGAAAUAUAGAGCAGAAGUUAGAGAAGAAAUUUCGAAGGAGUCUGACUGGCCAUCCAAACUUUUCCAGAAGGCCUACGUGAGGGCCUUUUAAAAUGGACGUCGAGUGCAGUGAGUCAUGUGACUUUUCAGAAAGUACUGAGGUGCAUGAGGACAUCCCGCCUGACCCUUCUCUGGCCACCUACCUAACAGUGAACGCAGAGACUGAAAAUGACUCUGAGCCAGUGCAACAUGGAAUAAACCAUGUAGAGGGGGGAUGGCCGAAAACAAUCAGUCCGGAUGACAAUGAGGCAACUACCCGCUACAAGAAGAAAGUGCAGAAGGAUGUCUGUUAUCAGCACACGGUUAUGGAAAUUGCUAGCGUCUCGGAACACAAUGUCAUGCAGAGCAAACAUGACAUCUACUUUAAAAAUUAUAAACCUAAGAGGAUGGUGAAGGGCAAGCCAUCAGCAAGAACCAUCACUGUGUUCAGAGACCCAAAUAAAGAAAAGCGUGCAGCCACCAGUUUGUCCUGGAACCCAAUCGAAAAUCAUAGAGUAGCUGUUGCCUACUGUUACCUGGAGCAGAGAGCACCUAAAAAUAUGAGCUUUAACUCAUAUAUAUGGAACACUGAAAACAACAUGAAACCAGAGAUGACUCUGAAACCUGCAUCUCCACUUCUUUGUCUGGAGUACAACCCCACAGAUUUCCACAUCCUUGUUGGGGGAAGCUACAAUGGAGAUAUUAGCUAUUGGGACACACGGAGUGGCAGUCAGCCAGUACAGAAAUCUGCUGCUGUGCAUAGCCAUAGAGAUCCUGUCUACAAGGUCAUCUGGUGGCCGUCAAGGAUAUGCACUGAAGUUUUCUCAGCUUCUACAGAUGGUCAGGUACAGCUCUGGGACAUUCGAAAGAUGAGUGAGCCCACCAAGCAGCUUGUGCUGGACCCCACUAAGAAGGGAAACCGUGACAGUGCCCUUGGUGCAGUCUCAAUGGAGUUUGAGAACACUAUGGCCAAGUUUAUGGUGGGCACAGAGCAGGGGGUUGUGGUCUCGUGCAGUCGCAAGUUAGAAACCCCAAACGACCCGAUUGUAUGCACAUACCGCGGACACAGAGGCCCCAUUUACGCCUUGCAGAGGAAUCCCUUCUUUCCGAAGAACUUCUUGACCGUGGCUGAUUGGACCGCCCGCAUCUGGUCAGAGGACAUCACUGAGAGCUCCAUCAUGUCGACCAAAAAUCACAUGACUUAUCUGUUAGAUGCCUGUUGGAGUCCAGUCAGACCCGCUGUCUUCUUUACGGUGAAGAUGGACGGGACCUUGGAUGUGUGGGACAUACUGUUUAAACGGAAGAACCCUACUCUCAGUCUCAAAGUUUGUGACGAAGCUUUGUACAGUAUCCGUGUACAAAAUGAAGGCUGUUUGGUGUGCUGUGGAUCUCAGCUGGGAACCGUCAAACUGCUGAAGAUGCCACCAAGCCUGUUCGCAAUGAAGAACAAUGAGAAGGCCUUGGUCUCAGAGAUAUUUGACUUGGAGACCAGGAAAGCGAAGAGUCUGGAAUCUCAGUACAGAGAGAGGCAUCAAAUGAAACUUAGCUGCUCCAAAGAGGAUGAGGGGGAAAAAGAAGACCUAGAGGAACUGCUGGCCUGUACAGAGAUGGAGUUUUCUGAGAGUGUGGAAGCAGAGAAAAAAAAAAUAGGAUGAGGAGAAAGAGAGAAGGAAAACAGUGUGUGGAGACAUCCAAGUCGAACACAAGGUGUGCCGAAGUUUUUCCAAGUGCAAAUAGACUUUAAAUCAGUUCUGUCUAAAAUAAAUUGAAACAAGCAUCCAAGAUGGUUGCUCUUCCUGCUCCA